AUGCAAAAUUCAGACAUUGGUGCUGAUCCUAGCGGAUCAUAUCCCAGUCGUCAAUACGUGCAUAAUCCAACAUCUCAGCAGGGGGACCAUGGACUCUCUCAUGACUGGAAUACCAGAACAUACGUAUAUGAUGACAGCGACCCUCAUGCUGCACAGCAAGAUACGGCCAGCAUUGCAUCUUCCGGCCAAGAAAGAUACACUGAUAGCGAUCAAGGAAACCAUGACUCUUCAGCUGUAGACUACGAUAACGCAUCGGGUGCUGUAGCCCCAAAUGCACAAAACCAACCUCCUCAGUCUCCUGCUGGGCAAACUGCUCAACAACCUCAGCAGCAACGUCAACCCACGCAACAACAGCAACAUCAACCGCCGUCUUCUCCUCCUGAUUCUGCUAAUAACGAAAAGGCUGCUGAAGCAGCUAACCAGACACAAGGCCAACAAGGACCUGGUGGUGACGGAGACGAUGACGAAGACGAAGAUGAGGAUAUUGAUGCAUUAAUAGAAGAUUUAUACUCCCAGGAUAAUCAAGAAGAAGAAGAAGAAGAAGAAGAAAAUCACGAACCAGGUGGUGUCAAGGCUGUCCCACAAGAACUUCUUCAAACUGAUCCAAAGCAGGGUCUUUCUCAAUCAGAAGUUGAACAAAGACAAAGCAAAUAUGGUCUAAACCAAAUGAAGGAAGAAAAGCAAAAUAACUUUAAGAAAUUCCUCUCAUUUUUUAUCGGUCCUAUUCAAUUCGUUAUGGAAUUAGCAGCAGCCUUGGCUGCUGGUCUUCGUGACUGGGUAGAUUUUGGUGUCAUUUGUGCACUUUUAUUGCUUAAUGCGACUGUUGGUUUCGUUCAAGAAUACCAAGCCGGUUCUAUCGUUGACGAGCUAAAAAAAACCAUGGCUUUGAAAUCCACCGUCAUACGUGACGGACAUGCUGUUGAAGUGGAGGCCAAAGAUAUAGUUCCAGGUGACAUCCUACACCUUGAUGAUGGUACUAUUUGUCCAGCAGAUGGUCGUUUAAUAUCUGAAGAUUGCUACCUUCAAGUAGAUCAGUCGGCCAUUACUGGUGAAUCUCUUGCUGUUGACAAACACAAUGGUGACACCAUGUAUUCUUCAUCUUCGGUAAAACGAGGUGAAGCAUACAUGAUUGUCACUGCUACCGCUGAUUCGACUUUCGUUGGAAGAGCUGCAUCCUUGGUUGGUGCAGCCGGUCAAGCCCAAGGUCACUUCACCGAAGUCCUUAACGGAAUUGGUACUGUUCUUCUCGUUCUAGUUAUUCUUACUCUCCUCUGUAUCUAUACUGCGGCAUUUUAUCGUACUGUCCGUCUGGCAAGACUUUUGGAAUAUACAUUGGCUAUUACCAUUAUUGGUGUACCAGUGGGUCUUCCCGCAGUUGUCACUACAACGAUGGCUGUUGGUGCUGCUUAUCUUGCAAAGAAAAGAGCCAUUGUUCAAAAGCUUUCGGCUAUCGAAUCUCUUGCAGGUGUUGAAAUCCUCUGUUCAGACAAAACUGGUACUUUGACUAAAAACAGACUUUCCAUGGGUGAACCCUAUUGCGUCGAAGGGGUUGAUCCUGAUGAACUUAUGAUUACUUCUUGUCUCGCAUCUUCGCGAAAAAAGAAAGGUCUGGAUGCCAUUGAUAAAGCAUUUUUGAAAGCUCUAAGGGACUAUCCGAACGCCAAACAAAAGCUAUCCAAAUACAAAAUUUUACAAUUCCAUCCUUUUGACCCUGUUUCCAAGAAGGUAACCGCUAUAGUUGAGACUCCAGAAGGUGAACGAGUGACGUGUGUGAAAGGUGCACCAUUAUGGGUAUUUAAAACUGUUCAAGAAGACCAUGAAGUUUCUCAAGAAAUCAGUGAUGCUUACAGGGAGCAAGUUAACGAAAUGGCUUCCAGAGGUUUCCGUUCGCUCGGUGUAGCCCGUAAAAUAGAAGGAAAACAAUGGGACAUUCUCGGUAUAAUGCCUUGCUCAGAUCCACCUCGUAAUGACACUGGUCGCACUAUCAGCGAAGCUAUUCGUUUGGGUCUGAGAAUCAAGAUGCUUACCGGUGAUGCUGUUGGUAUCGCCAAAGAAACAGCACGUCAGUUGGGUAUGGGAACUAACGUAUAUAAUGCCGAACGCCUUGGUUUAGGUGGUGGUGGUGAUAUGCCUGGCUCUGAGGUUUAUGACUUUGUGGAAGCGGCCGAUGGAUUUGCUGAAGUCUUUCCUCAACAUAAAUAUUCAGUAGUCGAUAUUCUUCAACAAAGAGGUUAUCUUGUGGCAAUGACUGGUGAUGGUGUCAAUGAUGCUCCUUCUUUGAAGAAGGCUGACACGGGUAUUGCUGUUGAAGGUGCCUCUGACGCUGCUCGUUCAGCUGCAGACAUCGUUUUCUUAGCCCCUGGUCUUUCAGCUAUUAUUGAUGCUUUGAAAACAUCUCGUCAAAUUUUCCACCGUAUGUAUGCUUAUAUCGUUUAUCGUAUUGCAUUGUCUCUUCAUUUAGAAAUAUUUUUUGGAUUAUGGAUUAUCAUUUUGAAUCGUCUGAUGAAUCUGGAAUUAAUUGUCUUUAUUGCAAUUUUCGCCGACGUUGCAACACUAGCAAUUGCGUACGACAAUGCUCCGUAUGCACCAAAACCAGUUAAGUGGAAUCUUCCUCGUCUGUGGGGUCUCUCUACAGUUGUUGGUAUCCUUUUAGCUAUUGGAACUUGGAUCGUAAAUACCACUAUGAUUGCUGAAGGACAAAAUCGUGGUAUCGUACAGAAUUUUGGUGUCAUCGACGAGGUGCUCUUCCUUCAAAUUUCACUUACUGAAAACUGGCUAAUCUUUAUAACCCGUUGUAAUGGACCUUUCUGGUCUUCUAUCCCUUCAUGGCAGCUAACCGGUGCUGUGUUAGUUGUCGAUAUUCUCGCAACAAUCUUUUGCCUAUUCGGAUGGUUCAAAGGUGGCCAUCAAACGUCCAUUGUAGCUGUUCUCCGUAUUUGGAUGUACUCUUUCGGAAUAUUUUGUUUUAUUGCAGGAGUUUACUUGAUUUUGUCUGAAUCAACUGCCUUCGAUCGCUUGAUGCACGGCAAGGGUAAGAGAGGAGGUUCUACCCGUACGCUCGAAGAUUUCGUUUUACGGUUACAGCGUACAUCAACUCACCAUGAACAAGAAGGGAAGAAUAAUGGUUAA